AUGUUUAUCGCAAUAAAUCCGAUAUCGUCCACAUCCAUACACAUACAUGUUGUGUACUGUCUCGCGGAUCAGAAUCCUGAAUUUUUGGCACCGAAAAUAGCUGGGCGGGCGGCGGAUUGGUGUUUAGGGCGGGCGACGAACAGUGCGUGCCGCUCCGCCGUGACAACCGCCCGUAGGUCAGAAAAGGCGUAUUUUUAUAUCGGACCGUGA